AUGCUUAGAGAUUUUGCUCGCCGAUUGCUUUUCUCGCGUUCGACUGCGUACUUUCUGGUCUCUUUUCUUUCUGCAUGCUGUCAGGUCAUCCUUCGCACUGCUCUUUUCGUGACUGACAACGCCGGGGCGCGACGUGAGGGUGUCUCAGUUUGGCCUGCCUCUCAGCUUCAGAAUGUUACGGGAUUGUUUCGUAUUCAACAUGAUGGACGUUUUGAAUUCUGCUCGGAUGUUCCGCAUUACUGUCAGAGCCCUCCCCCAAACUUCAUCAACACUUGCGACGCACUCGCAAUAUAUUCAAUGAACUUAUUUCGCGACAAUCGUUUGGAAGACGUCGUGUUUAUAGUAAUUCACACAUAUCUCAUUUGCGUCACCAUAUAUGCACUAGCUCGUGAAUCAAUACCACACAUCAUCUUCAUUUUCGCUAUUCGUUGUUUGUCGGUGCUGUGGGCAUUUGCGCGUGUCAUUGAAACCUUCAUCAUCCAGAAGACAUUGAUUGGCACCCUCGAUGGAGGGCAAUGUAAAUCAGAAUCGGCGUUUUUCGGGUCGUCCUUCUUUUCUAGCAGACACAUAUUCGAGGGUCUUCUACUCGGUGUCUCGGUGUUGUCGGUUAGCAUCGAAUCCUUUGUGGCGCUCAAGUUGGGUCGCAUUUAUUCCGAGAGGCCGUGGCGUGUUGUCCAGGUAUCCAGCGAGAUGCGUAAGAUGUACAGGCUUCUACUUGGAUUUUCUGUUGUCGCUCAAAUGGCAGGACUGAUUCUGCCCGCAACAAUGGCACUGUGGCUAGAUCAGCUUCUCAACCCCUAUUUCUGGCAAAUCGCUGGGAGUCACAAGUACAUAUAUGGCGCUUUCUUCCUCGCUUGGACAUUGGUACUUCCUAUGUGGAUAGCGCUGGGAUGGUUUGCGUUGCGACGCGAAUGGAAGAAAUCAACUAUUGUCUUCUUUUCCAUAGGAACGGUCUUCAUAUGCUCCUUCAUCGCCGGACUGGGGUCAGCCAUGUUUACUUGGGCCGUCACAACUUGGUGGUUUUUCGGAACAAUGUAUGCAGCAUCGCUCGCUCUGCUACUGGCUGCCACGGUACUCGCAGUGAUCUGUCGACGCAACUUCGGCAAGAAUCUCGAUCACUAUCUCUUGGUACAAAACAGGCUGUCGUCCAUGAAUUUUACGCAUGCACAUUUCGAUAAGGACAUCAAGCAAGACCAGGCGGAGAUCCCACAGGAAUUGGAGAAAUUGGACACUAAAUCCGAUUAUGAAACGGAGUAUUGGGGGUAUGAAACCGACAAACAUUUUGCAUACGACUAA